AUGGACUUCAUCCGCCUCUUGGUGCUGAACAUUUUUCUCCUUCGCACCUGCUCGGCUUCACCGCCGAACUUCGUCCUCCUCUUCGCAGACGAUCUGGGUUUCGGGGACCUGGGUUGUUAUGGACACCCCAGCUCACUCACUCCGAACCUGGACCGCCUGGCAGCAGGAGGACUCCGGUUUACAGAUUUCUACUGCACCAGCCCGGUGUGCAGCCCGUCCAGGGCGUCUUUGUUGACGGGGCGCUACCAGACCCGUUCAGGUAUCUACCCAGGAGUGUUGUACCCAGGCUCUAUAGGCGGUCUUCCUCUGAAUGAAACCACUAUUGCUGAAGUGUUGAAACCUCUGGGCUAUGCUACUGCUGCCAUAGGGAAGUGGCACUUAGGAUUUGGGGCCAAAGGGAUGUUUCUUCCAACCAAGCAGGGGUUUGACCAGUACCUGGGGAUCCCCUACUCACAUGACAUGGGCCCCUGUCGGAACCUGACGUGUUUCCCUCCAGAUGUUAAGUGUUUUGGAUUGUGCGAUGUUGGCACUGUAACUGUCCCACUAAUGCACAAUGAGGUCAUCAAACAGCAGCCAGUCAACUUCCUCGAUCUGGAAAGGGCUUACAGUGACUUUGCAACCAACUUCAUUACCACAUCAGCCAAGAAAAAACAACCUUUCUUCCUCUACUAUCCCUCACAUCACACCCACUACCCGCAGUAUGCAGGUCCAGGGGCAGCUGGGCGGUCUUUAAGGGGCCCGUUUGGAGAUGCUUUGUUGGAGUUUGACAACACAAUAGGAAAUCUACUGACAACCCUGGAGAAGACAGGAGUGAUCAACAACACACUGGUCUUCUUCACAUCAGACAAUGGGCCUGAACUGAUGAGAAUGUCCCGUGGAGGAAAUGCUGGCCCUCUGAAAUGUGGAAAAGGUACCACAUAUGAGGGAGGCAUGAGAGAGCCAGCCAUCGCCUUCUGGCCAGGGACCAUCAGGCCAGGUGUGACUCAUGAGAUCGGAAGCAUUCUAGAUAUCCUUCCCACCAUCGCAAGUCUGGCAGGAGCCAAACUUCCCCAGGUGAUGCUGGACGGGGUCGAUAUGACAGAAAUCCUUGUCAACCAAGGAAAGAGUAAAAGGGAGACCAUGAUGUUCUACCCCACAGAUCCAAAUGAGAUGUAUGGCCUGUUUGCACUCAGAUUAGGGAAGUACAAGGCCCACUUCUACACACGAGGUGCAACACACAGCGGUACUACUCCAGACCAAGACUGCCCAGUAUUUGCAUUCCUCAAGGCCCACAACCCCCCUCUUAUUUUCAACCUGGAGGCUGACCCCUCAGAGCACUACCCUCUCCCUCUGGUGGGAAGACCCGACCUCCAAGCCGUGCUGGAGAGGAUCAUGAAAGUCAAGGAGCAGUUUGAAGCCUCCAUGGUGUUUGGAGAGAGCCAGAUAUCGAAAGGAACAGACCCGAACUUGGAACCUUGCUGCAAUCCUGAAUGUAGCCCCAAGCCCAGCUGCUGCCACUGUUAAUGGGGCAGCUACUAAUGAUGACAAUGUUGGGAAUGCUGGAGGUACUGCACUGACUUUUCCUCAAGAAAGAACAAAGAUUUAAUUAAAUGAUGAUGCAUAGCUACGUGCUUGUGGAGAGCUACACUUUAAUUACUGUUCAUACUGAAAAGUAAUAUUGCAAACAAUCUGUUUCCUCAGUGAGGAGAUGAUUUUCUUAACAGUGACUACAUUUAUAACUAAUGUAUAACAAUGUACUGUGUAUUUCCUGACUUGUUCUAGCCUAUUUGACUUCAUGUUUUAUUAUUGGACUUACCUUUCCACCUCAACAUUCCUUAAAAUCAUAACAUUUGGAAUAAUACUGUAUGGAUUCCUAUGUGAAAAUGCUUUGCAACAUACAUCAAGUACACAAAAAAUCUGAACAAUAAAGACAACAAUAAAGGUUUCGGACAUCAA